ACUCGUUUAAUUGUUCACCUAAGCUUAGGGGAAAAAACAAAAAGAACAAAAAGGAGGACGAAAAUACUGCGGCGGACUCAUCGGCCGGACUGUCCCGACGCAGUUGAUCUUCGUCGCCGGCGAUUUCACCAUGGGAAAGGGAAGAGACAAAAAGUUCAAAGACCAAGGUCAUGCAAAUCUGCAUAAUCCCAACAAUAGGAUGGAGAAAAGAUUUGGAAAGAACAGGUGGGAAGAGGCUGUGAAGCUUAAUGCAAAUUCUUUUAUUGCUCCUCCUGUUGCCUCUCCGUAUGCUUCUGUUUCUAUUCGUCCGAAUCUUCCUGCCUUUGCCCCUACAUGUGUUCCUGCUCCUUGUGGUAGUUAUGUUGCUGCACAGGGGAUAAACAGUGCUAGUGUUUAUCAACUUGGUGGGUAUAUAUUUCUGUGUAAUGGGCAAACAAAACCAGAGUGCUUUAGAUUCCGUGUUUUUGGGCUUCCUGCAACAAGAAUAGAGGUUGUGGAAAAAAUCAAACCCAAUAUGAAGUUAUUCUUGUUUGACUUUAGCUUGAAGCUUCUAUAUGGGAUAUACGUAGCUGCUUCCAGUGGAGGACUGGGAUUGGAGCCAGCUGCUUUUGGAGGGAAAUUUCCUGCUCAGGUCAGAUUUGAAAUACUUGGAGAUUGCUUACCUCUGCCUGAGAGUGCUUUCAAACAUAUUAUAAAAGAUAACUACAAUGGAGCUUCUAAAUUUAGGCAGGAAGUUAGCAGUGAACAGGUAAACAAACUAGUUUCACUGUUUCAUCCAAUAACUGCAUCUCCCAUCACCCCUCAAUUGCCAAAUGUUGUCUCUCUACCUCCCAACAUUGAGGAAGAGGCUGAGUCUCCUGGGCUUCACCCACUUGGUGAUCAAUAUGUUGCUAGGACACAGCUCAUUAAAACAGAAGGAGCCCCCAAAUUUCAAGAUGUUCAACUGGCAGCCCCACAUUCUUCAUAUGACCCUCGUAGCUUGGAAAGAUGCUUGGUGUUUGCCAGACGAGCUGCAGAGUCAUUGCAUCACUUGCGUGUGGGUUCACUUCCUUAUUGUGACCCAUGCUACUCAGAAGCUUAUCAAACAGUCUUACCUCAGGAAAAAUCAUAUGGAAGGUACCCUUCAGUGUUGGCGAAAAGCAGGCAGGCAAUUGUUCCACAAUAUGGUUCUGCAAAUAAGCAUGCCAAUCACAACCUAGCAGUAGCUGCCACUGAUGCUCGAGUGCAAUAUACUCCACGGUCAUUGCUGCCUCAAGAUCCUUCGUAUGUAUCUGCAACAAGCAUGCCUCCAAAGUUCCCGUCUUCAUCCAAAAUGGCUGUUUAUUGGACCACUGAAGAUACAAAUGCAGCUUCCAUCCCAUAUCAGGGGCAAGCAUCAGGGAACUACAACCAAAGACAAGUGACGAAUGGUGAGGGGGAAAUUGUUCCCCCUUCAGUUUCUGCGAGGUAUUUCAACCACAAACUAGCAGCUGCAGCCGCUGAUGCUGCAGGACGAACUCAUGCCAGAGCACAAUUGCAGCCCCAAACGCAAGCAUAUGAUCUGCCGGCAUUUCAACGGCAAGUGUUGUCUGUUGUACCAACAAAUUUGCCAUCCUCAUCGCUUAAAAAUACUUAUUGGAAUGCAGUUGCUUCCAUGGACCCAAAUUACACACAUUCAAGUCAUCACUAGGAACAAUCAUUGCGAGAAACCAACAAGGGACAAGUUGAGAAUAAUAGGGUGGAAAUUGUUCCUCAACUGGCUUCCGAAAAUGAGUACACUAAGAAGGACCUAGCAACUGCUUAUGCUGAUGCUCCCGUAAAAGCACAAGCAUAUGCCAUGCAGCCCUUGCAUUUUCAGGCAUAUAACACAUGUACCUGUGUAUUUGCCAUCCUCAUCUGUAUCAGCUGCCUACUGGACAGCAGUGGUGUCUGAGGAACCAAAUCAUGGGUCUUAGCCAUUGAAAACACAGAUGUUGGGAUAUGGCUCUCCAUGUUUUUGAACCAUCUUAUGGGCUUAUUGAAACUCAGAGCUCUUUGAUUUUCAACGUUUUUGUCAAUGACAACUGUUUAAUGGUUAUUCAGUAUUAUUAAGAUUUGGAGAGAGUAUUAUGGUCA